AUGGGGCGCUUUGCUCCGUCCUCUCUCCUCGAAAAAACCUCUAGGGUUCUUCUGUGCGUCUUCUCCUACCUCUUCGCUGUGUUCUCUAGGGUUGAGACCAGGAAGUUCACGGCAUCACCUGGAUGGCCGGUUAAUCUUGGAGAAGAAAUCGCGACGGAAGGAAUCCGUGAAAGAAAGAAGGGCGAAGGAUUCUUAGAUGAAGUCGAGAUCUCAGGUGGCGAUCUAUUUUCUCGCGAUUGGGAGUUAUCGCCGCAAAAGGGAAAUCUCUGGAAAUAUACCCAAAUCCGCCGGUGGGAUGAAAUCUCAAGGAAAAAAUUGGGGAUAAACAUGAAAUCAGAAUCGGUUGCAGAGACGGUGCAUAUACUGGCACCGAAAUGGGUAUAUAUUACCUGUGGUCAUAGGUUGGAUCCUAUCACUGAGUUUCUACAAAAAACUGCGCAAAAGGCAGAAGAACCAGAAGAGCUGGGUUUACAAUACCAUAGAGGUAAUAAAAACAUGAUUGAACAGAUCAUUCUUCGAUUGUAUAUUAUUUGGCUCGUCCCCUACGUUGGUGCUCUGGUGUUCAUUGCCCUGUUUCGUAUCUUUUCCCAGCAUUUUCAGGCUUGUGUUAGGAACGAAAUCAUGGCGGGCGAACCAAUGGACGCGGACCAGAUCGUGGAGUUUGAGUUGGAUGAUGUCGAGGACAGCAUGAAGAGGGCUAAGCUGAGUCUAGUUGGUCGGCUCUUCAUCGACAACCCACCCAGUCUGAAGACAAUCCAAAAGAUUGUUCAAGGUGAAUGGGGAUGUGCUGGGAACGUGACAGUCAUUGAGGCUGGCUUCUCCAGUUCUUAUUUGAUGACGAAAGGGACAGAGACUGGGUUCUGCAACGUACACCAUGGAAAGUGA